AUGUUACAAGGUGGAGAUUUUGAACGACACAAUGGUACUGGUGGUCGUAGUAUCUAUGGAGGUAAAUUUGAAGAUGAAAACUUUCAACUUAAACAUACCAAAGAAGGUUUACUUUCAAUGGCUAAUGCUGGUAAAAAUACAAAUGGCUCACAAUUUUUUGUUACAACAGUAGCAACCCCAUGGCUAGAUGGCAAACAUGUCGUCUUUGGUGAAGUAACUGAUGGAAUGGAUAUCGUUCGAAAAGUCGAAGCUUUAGGCUCACAGUCUGGCAAGACACAGAAAAGAAUUACAAUUGCUAGUUGUGGAGAAUUAGAUCGUUAA